UUUUUAUAGUUGCAGUACUUUGUGUCAGUGCUUUAAACGCCUAUUUGCCGUCUGAUGUGUGUUAUUUUGGACGACGCUUUUCUGCUCCCCAGAUUUCAUUGGCUCAUCGUUGUUAUAUCAUCUUAUCCUUUGCACUUGAGUUCUCAUUUGCAGAUUGCAUAUACUCAUUGAAGGGUCGUUAAGUUGCUGUCCAGUUCUGAGCUUGGUUUUGAAUUGAAUGAGCAGAGAAGGUAGGAUUGUUGAAAAUGAACAGGAAUAAUGCUGUGUUUGAGGUUACUCUCCAAAACAUUCUUUCCACCAUCAAUCCCUUGAAAGAGGAUUGGUCUAAGAGGUUUCAAGUCAUUGAUGAUCUUCGAGCUGUUGUUCAGAGCAUCCACAGCCUCAGAGAUGCAACUGUGGAACCGUAUGGAUCUUUUGUAUCUGAUCUCUUCACAAGAUGGGGAGAUCUUGAUAUAUCCAUUGAGUUGACCAAUGCUGCAGAUAUCUCACCAACUGCCAUGAAGAAGCUCAAGGAAAUUUUACUUCAAGAUGUACUAAACGCAUUGAGAAGUACAGGUGGAUACAAGAAACUGAAGUUAAUCCCCAAUGCAAGAGUCCCAAUCUUGAUGUUUCAUGGGAAGUACAACAUCUCCUGUGAUUUAUCUGUAAACAAUUUGGUUGGUCAGAUGAAGUCCAAACUGCUGUACUGGAUCAGCUUGAUUGAUACAAGGUUUCGCGACUUGGUUUUGCUGGUCAAGGAAUGGGCGAAGACGCACAACAUUAACGACUCGAAACGUGGAACUCUGAACUCAUAUUCUCUCUGCUUGCUUGUCAUCUUCCAUUUUCAGACUUGUGAGCCUCUGAUUCUACCUCCAAUGAAAGAAAUAUACCCGGGGAAUAUGGUGGAUGAUCUUGAUGAAAAUUCUUAUGUAGGUGUGAGGGGCAUUGCAGAGAAGAAUAUUGAAGAAAGAUGUGCAGUAAACAUCAACAAAUUUGUGUCUGAUAGGCUCAGAGUUCAUAACCAAAGUUCUCUUUCUGAACUUUUCAUCUCUUUCCUUACUAAGUUUUCUGACAUAAGUUCAAAGGCCUCCAAGCAAUGCAUCAAUCCAUACACUGGACAGUGGGAAGACCUAGAAGGCAACAUGAGAUGGCAGCCUAAUAAAUACUCAAUCAUUAUUGAAGAUCCCUUUGAGCAGCCAGUUAAUUCAGCAAGGGGGGUGAGCAGCAAACAACUUGCAAGGAUAUCAGAAACUUUCAAGACAACCUGCAAUAAGCUUUCAUCUCCCAAUCAAGAUCCAAGUUUACACAUUUCUACUCUCGUGAGACCACGAGUGUCAAGAUCCUUGGCGAAAACGCAUACCAGAAGCCAUGGCAACCAUAGCAGAGAGGUCAUCAAGGUUCAGACAAGUUCAGAGGGCAAUGCAGCCAUCCUUGGUUCCUCACAGCCUCAGUUUGAAUGCAGGAGGCUCAACAAGCAGGAUGGCGUAAUGCCCAGACUUGCCCAGGCUCCUCCUGCUCGUGUGAAGGCAGGAAAACAGCCAUCCUUGCAGCGCCAGUUUGAUAGGCAGCCAAACAGUGUAAUGCCUAGACAUGCCAAGGCUCCUUGCGCUAGUGUGUACACAGUACAGAAGCCAAAAUCUGACAAAUGAAACACAGAAUGGUUCUCUGGCCUACACUAUAUCUUUGAAGGGUGUGUUGAGCAUAUAAUAUAUAAGAUAUAAAUCUACAAUCUCACUAUCAGUUUAAACUUUUAGCUAAAACCAAAUGGAUGGUUUUGUAUUCUACGUUUUUAUGUGUUGUGAGGUUCCGUUUUCCCUUUAUGUGUGCUCUUUUGUGGGGAAUGACAAACAAAUGCAUUUAUUUCAA